UAGCUCUGUGUAUGCCGCCAUGUUGGCCCAAUGUUUUUACCUGCAGGCGCAGCACAGAUCAUGUGACUGGAAACUGGUUUUGACUUGAAUGACAAACCAGGAAGAAAUAUUAUAUAACUAGGUGUCAGGAGAACAGAAGCCGUCAGCCAGAAGCAACGGAAUUAACUUCUACAAUAUGGACCUUGGAUUUUUCACAGAUCAGAAGUUACUUGACAUUUUCUGCAAAAACAAGACAAAGAUAUCUACAAUAAGUGACCCAGGGAUGCUUCUUCGCCAUCUUAAAGAUAAUAAAAUCAUUACAGAAGCUCAUCUUGAAAGUGCACUUGUCCCGGAGAACAGUGAUGAAAAUGUCUAUAAGGUGUUGGACUAUAUUGAAAAACGGGGAGCAAAAUAUGUUAGAAGAUUUUGGAAAUGUGUGAAUAAGAAGCAUAUCUUGGAGCGGUACCUCACAAUCUCUGAUCUGAUUCAAACUUUAGAGCAGGAGUUGCCUAAAUAUUCACCUGCUGGGAGUCAUGUUGUGGAGAACGUAAAUGAAGCCACUGAAAGAUCAAACGAAAGAGAAGCAAGAGAAGAACCUAGCACCACUUUUACAGAGACUCAAAGGGAUUUUAUCCCCAUGGACAUAUCACAGAAUCCGUGGGACAUGCCUUGUAAUGAAAGAUGGCUCCCUGUCCAGUGCGGGGAAAUUGAGGGCUUUCUGGACCGAGAAGGCCUGUAUAAACGAAAGCAAAAAAUCAUUAAAAUAGAAGAACAACUAAUUACACCUUUUCAGUUUGAGGAAAUGGGUGGAAAAGGUCAUGUAAAGAACUGGAAAAUGAGUAUAACAUGCCAAGGUACCCAAAUUAAGACUCUCAUUGAGAGGGACAUUUUGAAGGUGCCUCCUCAUGAGGGAAAACUUGUUCUUCGUAGAUAAACAACAUAUCCUCUAUAUAUAUGAUUUUUAAUUUAAACCGCCAGGUUAAGCGCUAUUGGCUGUCAUGACAAAUUGCAUCACGCUCCAAUUUUCCGGUUUAUGUUUGAAUGAGAUCUGACUGUGGGUUGCAUUCAUGGAUUUCUUCAUAUAAAAUGAUCAAAUGGCUUCAUUUUGCAAGGUUUGCAACCAAAUUGUUUGUAAUAAAUUUUACAUUAAGGCAUUUAGCAGCCUCUUUUAUCCAAAGCGACAGAAAAGUCGUCAAUAUUUGUCAAGUAGAUUUGGAAAAGACACAUUAUUAAUACUUUUAUACUGUUUUUUAAUGCAAUAAAUACCUUUGACUGUACUUUUACUUGCUUGUUGUGUUUUGUAUGGUUAGGAACUGGUUGGGUUGAGGGGAAGUGUGGGUUAGAUGCUCCAACAUAUUUUAAACUGUAAUACCGGAUGUUAAAUAAUCAACUUUGGUUGGUGCCUUCAUCUAUAGUUGACCCUCAGGUGGGGCUGUUGGCAUGCAUUCGACCCCUUUGAUCUCUCCAACUGAAAUUCUCUUCCCCCAAGCCUUCAGGCUCACAUCAUUGGGUAUCUGCUGAAUAUAUGAUAUAAUGUACACUCACCUAAAGGAUUAUUAGGAACACCUGUUCAAUUUCUCAUUAAUGCAAUGGUGUAAUGGUGUGGGGGAUUUUUUUCUUGGGACACUUUAGGCCCCUAAGUGCCAAUUGAGCAUUGUUUAAAUGCCACGGCCUACCUGAGCAUUGUUUCUGACCAUGUCCAUCCCUUUAUGACCACCAUGUACCCAUCCUCUGAUGGCUACUUCCAGCAGGAUAAUGCACCAUGUCACAAAGCUUGAAUCAUUUCAAAUUGGUUUCUUGAACAUGACAAUGAGUUCACUGUACUAAAAUGGCCCCAACAGUCACCAGAUCUCAACCCAAUAGAGCAUCUUUGGGAUGUGGUGGAACGGGAGCUUCGUGCUCUGGAUGUGCAUCCCACAAUCUCCAUCAACUGCAAGAUGCUAUCUUAUCAAUAUGGGCCAACAUUUCUAAAGAAUGCUUUCAGCAUCUUGUUGAAUCAAUGUCACGUAGAAUUAAGGCAGUUCUGAAGGCGAAAGGGGGUCAAACACAAUAUUAGUAUGGUGUUCCUAAUAAUCCUUUAGGUGAGUGUAUGU